CAGGGUGGCGGCGAGAGUUCCACCCUUUGAAUACCCUUAAGCUUACUAUGUCCCGGAAUAGGUCCAUGUGGAUAUGUAUAGGUACCUCCUUAUUUGAGAUGUUUCCACCCCUUUUUGAAAUACAAGAAAGUAAUUGCAACUGUUGCUUCAAGAAUUCUAAUCUUGAUGUUAUUUUAUCAAGAAGUUAGAUAUUUUCUCGAAUGGAAAGGAAAAAAAAAACAGUGAGGAUAAUGCAAUGUAAUGACCGCAUUUUCUUGUCUGCGCAUCAACUCUCUCUCUCUCUCUCUCUCUCUCUCUCUCUGGUCUUAAAGGGACGGUGCGAUCCGUCUCCUUCAAAUUCAAUCCUCUUUUCCCAUCCCAAAAUGGCGGCAGAAGCUGUUCUUGUUCGGAGAAGCAUAAGCUCUGCUUCAUUUGGCUCAAAGUGGCGGACGCCGCAGCCGCACAAGUUCGAGGUCUCGCGCUGUACAGUCUGUGCUUGUAGCUCCGUCGACGGCAGAAACAAGUUCUACAAAGAACUUGGGUUGUUUGCGCUAAAAAAGAAGAUCGAAGAUGCAGUUCAACGCACUGAGAUGAUGGCUCCUACUGCACUGCAAAUCGAAGAAGCAAGAUGGGUUAAGCUGGAUGGACUGAUUCGAGACUACGACCUCUGGGAUGACCCUGCUAAAACCAAUGAUGCUCUUGUGAAGUUGGCAGAUAUUGCCAGCGCAGUCGACGCUCUGAGGGAUUUAACUUACAAGGCAGAAGAAGCAAAGCUGAUUACUCAACUGGCGGAGAUGGAUGCUAUUAAUUAUGCUCUUUUCGAGCAGGCAUACACUGCAUCUUUGGAUAUGGGCAAGUUUUUUGACCGGUAUGAGAUGUUAAAGCUUCUUAAGGGACCAUAUGAUGUGGAUGGAGCAUCGAUGGUCAUCAAAGCUGAAUCCAAUGGCAAUUACCAUGAGUUAUGGGCUGAAAAACUACUGAGAAUGUACCAAAAAUGGGCUGAGAAGCAAGGUUACAGAGGGAGGAUUGUAGAGAAGCGUCUGGCAAAGAACGGUGGAAUCACUUCUGCAACAGUUGAAUUUGAAUUUGAUUAUGCAUAUGGUUAUCUUCAAGGUGAGAUGGGUGUUCAUCGAUUGAUAAGAAGUUCAGAAACUGGAUCAACAAUUGAUGAGGUUAGCUUAGCCGCUGUUGAUAUAAUUCCUCUGUUCCAUGGUUCGGCCCCCGACCUACAAAUUAAUGAGGAGGAUUUGCUAAUCUUGUGCCCACCAUCAUCACCUGGAGUAGAAGCCAGUGAAGGCUGGUCUGGAGUUGUUAUUCAGCAUGUUCCUACUGGUUUUGCCGUCCAAUCUUCAAGUGAAAGGAGCAUUUUUGCAAAUAAGACCAAGGCCCUCAACCGGUUGAAGGCUAGACUUCUUGUCACAGCCAGCGAUAAAGGAGUUCCCGACAUAAGUGGCAUCAAGAAAGAAGAUAUGUUCGAUGUAUGGCAAGACGAGGCCCGAAGAUACGUUCUUUACCCUCACAAGCAUGUGAAAGAUGUAAGAAGUGGUGUUGAAAUUCCUGACCUGUGUUCUGUUUUGGACGGUAAUAUAGAACCUCUAAUUGGAGCUCAUAUCCAUAUGAGACGCUCAAAUGACAUGGCUCGAUAGUAAAUCAGUUUUACAAAUUCACACUC